UCUCUGGGCUCCACAGUGCAGUCUCACACCAAGGGGAUCUGGAUGUGGUGUGUACCUCAUCCCCAGAAGGCAGACACCACCUUAGUUCUGCUUGACACAGAGGGCUUGGGUGAUCUUGAAAAAGGUGACAACCAGAGUGACUGCUGGAUCUUUGCCCUGGCUAUACUUCUCAGUAGCACCUUUGUGUACAACAGCAUGGGAGCCAUCAACUAGCAGGCCAUGGACCAGUUGCACUAUGUGACAGAGCUGACAGACAGAAUCAGAACAAGAUCCUCAUCUGACCAGGAUGAGGUGAAUGCCUCAGACGAGUUUGUGAGCUUCUUCCCGGAUUUUGUGUGGGCUGUGAGGGACUUCUCUCUUGAGCUGAAAAUAAAUGGAAAACCCAUCUCUGCAGAUGAAUACCUAGAGAAUAGCCUGAGACUUAUAUAUGGUACUGGCCAAAGAGAUAAAGAAAAAGAAUUAAAUAUGCCUAGGCUCUGUAUCCACAAGUUCUUCCCAAAGAAGAAAUGCUUUGUCUUUGAGAGGCCAGCACAGGGGAAGAAGCUUGGCCAGCUGCAAUCACUACAGGAUCAUGACUUGGACUCUGACUUUGUGGAACAGGUGGCAGAUUUCUGUUCCUAUGUGUUCAGCUGUUCCAAGGUUAAAAGGCUUUCAGGAGGCAUCAAGGUCAAUGGACCACGACUAGAGAGCUUGGUGACAACCUAUAUCAACACCAUCAACAGUGGAGGUUUGCCUUGCCUGGAGAAUGCUGUUCUGGCUUUGUCCAAGACAGAGAAUGAAGCUGCAGUGCAAAAGGCCAUUGCCCACUAUGACCAGCAGAUGAGCCAGAAGUUGCAGCUGCCCACAGAGACCCUCCAGGAGCUGCUGGACCUGCAGAGGGCCAGUGAGAAAGAAGCCAUCAAGAUCUUCAUGGAGAAUUCCUUCAAAGACAUUAAUCAAGUGUUCCUAAUGCAAGUAAUGACCAGAUUAGAAGCAAAGCUAGAAGAAUUCUUUAAGAAGAAUGCACAGGUGUCCUCAGACCACUGUUCGGCUCUGCUUCAGGAUAUUUUCAGUCCUCUAGAAGAAGACUUGAAGCACGGGAUUUAUUUUAAACCAGGGGGAUACUUUAUUUUUAUGUGGAAGAUACGGGAGUUGAAGAAGAAGUACUAUGAGGAACCUAGGAAGGGGGUUCAGGUAAACAAGGUUACGUGUGUUCUAGGAAGCUUCUGA